AUGCUUGAAGAAGCAAUUGAUUUAUUUAUUCAACGUAAAUUACGUGCUGUUGAACCAACAGUUAGUCAUGAACCAUCUCAAGUAAUAGAAGCAUUAUUAAGAUGUAAUAGUGGUCACGUUAUGGGUAAAACAGUUUUUCGUAUAAGUUCAUCUGAUCAACCAUUAAGUAUUCAUAAAAAACAACCUACUAGCUUAUUAAAAGUUGUAAGUGACAAUACAAUGUUUCCAUCAGAAGUUUGUAAUCAAGGAACAAUUUUAAUAUCUGGUGGUUUUGGUGGUCUUGGUUUAACAAUGUCUCGAUGGAUGAUUGAACAACGAGGUGUUAAACAUAUAGCACUUAUGAGUCGUCGAACAUUAGUUCAACUUGAAAAACCUUCGAAUCCACAAUAUGAUGAUUGGUUAAGAUUAAAACGAACAACAAAAGAAUAUAAUGCUCAUGUUGAUGUUGUUCAAGCAGAUGUAACAAAUUUUCAACAAGUUCAUGAUUUAAUUGAAAGAUUUCAAAAAACUUCUUAUCCUAUUCGUGGUAUUAUUCAUAGUGCUGUUGUUUCAGAAGAUCGUACUCUAGGUAAUUUAACACAAGAACAUUUAUCACUUGUUUUACCACCAAAAGUUCGUGGUGCUUGGUAUCUUCAUCAAGCUACACAAUUUCUGCAUGCUCCUAUUCAUUUUUUUAUUAUGUUUUCAUCAAUUCGAAAUUAUUUACUUAAAGUUUCAUCUGUUGGUUGUAAUGCUAGUAAUCAAUUUCUUGAUGCACUUGCUCAUUAUCGUUUUACAAUACUUAAUUUACCAGCACUUUCAAUUAGUUUAUCAGCUGUAAGUGGUGCUGGAAUGUUCCAUCGUCAUAAAGAAAUGCUCAGUACUUUAAAAGAAACACAAGAUUUUGAAUUAAUGCCAACAAUAACUGUAUUCGAAUUAAUUGAAUGUUUUCAUCAAGCUCAAAAGAUUUGUUCAUGUCCUGUUAUUUUUGCUGUUAAUUGGCAAACAUUACAUCGAAAUUAUCCAAUAUUAGCUACAUCUUAUUUAAGAAAAAUAGUUGAUCAAAUAUCAUCAUCAUCAUUAUCAGGAAAAAAUAAUUCCACUGAGUCUAGUAUGAAUAAAAAAGAAACAAUUAUUGAACAAACUCAAUCAGCUGUUGCACGAUUAUUAGGUGCAGCUAGUGUUGAUCGUAUAGUUAUUGAUCGUUCACUUGUUAGUCAAAGUAUGGAUUCAUUAGCUGCUGUUUCAUUAUAUAAUUGGUUAGGACUUUCAAUUGACACAAUUGCAACACUUGUUUAUAAUAAACUUAAUGAAAAAGAACAAACAACAUCAUCAGCUGCAAAAGAGCAAGAUUCAGAUUUUGAGUCAAUUAAUGAAAAUGAAGUUCAAUUUUCUAAUACAUCAACAUAUACUGGUUUAGAAAAUAUUCUUUGUCUACAUCGUUCGAAUCAAAAUAAUACUUCAACUCAUUUCUAUUAA